CUGAACUGAUAAAAUUGUCAUUUUAUUUCGUGGUGACAGUUACGUGCGCAUGAACGAUACUUUGAUUUUGUCCUAUCAAAAUAAUAGAUUAUUGUAGAUUAUCAAAUAAAGUUUAGACUUAAUUACACUUGUAAACAAAUCUUUGAAAGCAAAAUGACUACUCCACCCGCUCUACCGCAUAUCGACCGAGAACUAGACUUAUCAAAUACUGGAAGAGGAGUAUGGCUUGUAAAAGUUCCUAAAUAUAUAGCAAACAAAUGGGAGAAAGCGCCCGGAAACAUAGAAGUCGGCAAGUUGAAGAUCUCACGGGCGCCGGGACAACGAGCGCAGGUGCAACUGACGCUAUCGGAGGCCGUGCUAUGUCUGAAAGAGAGUGGAGAACAAAAUAUACCCAAGGAACAUCGUCUUGACGUUUCCAACGUUACAAGACAGUCUCUUGGAGUUUUCUCCCAUGUCAUACCAUCAAACACGGAUUCUGUAGUACCUGAAUCAGAGAAACUUUACAUGGAGGGAAGGAUUGUACAAAAGUUAGAAUGUCGCCCAUAUGCAGACAAUACAUAUUACAAGUUGAAGUCAGAAUCUAUUAGGAAAGCAUCUAUGCCUCAGAGGCAAGUACAGCAGCUGGACAGGAUAGUACAAAACUUCAAGCCAGUUUCAGACCAUAAACAUAAUAUUGACUACAUGAAGAAGAAGACGGCAGAGGGCAAGAAAGCCAGAGAUGACAAGGAGGCUGUACUUAACAUGCUGUUUGCUGCAUUUGAAAAACAUCAGUAUUACAACAUUAAAGACUUACAAAAGAUUACCAGGCAACCUAUAGUGUACCUGAAAGAGAUACUGAAAGAAGUAUGUAACUAUAACUUGAAAAACCCUCAUAAGAACAUGUGGGAGUUGAAACCAGAAUACAGGCAUUACAAGCAAGAGCAAGCUGCCGAAGCAAAGGAAGAGAAGAACAGCUCUGACAGUGACUAGGGAAAUGAUAGUUAGUCAACUUAUGAGUAGUUACCAAUCACCUUUAAGUUAAUUUUGUUGUACCUACCUAAUACCAACCGCCUUGGUUGACACCCAUGUAACUUGGCAUUCGGGACAAUUAUGAAAAUGUUGAACUAUGUUGAAGGUAUAUGAAUUUUGUGAGACAGGAAACAGCAAUGUUUUAUAGCUCUUUCUAGACUGGCCAAGCUACAUUGGGCGCAUGCAAGAUGUUAUAUAACUACUCAUCUGUACAUACUUACUAUAAGACUGUAUAUUCUGAUAGCUAUAAAUGAAUCAGAAAAUAAAUAUUUUUCUAUUGAA